GGCUUUUAUAAGUUGUCAAACAGAUAUAUAAUUUUAACUUUUUUAAUGUUUACAUUUUUUUUUUAUUGUACUGAUUAUAGAGUUGAAAACUAUGGAAUUUUUUUGAUGACGUUUACAAAGUUUACACAAACAAUUAGUAUUAUUGUAAAUGGAUUAGUGACAUGGAAAGAUUUUGGAAAAAUUUGAGAUUUAAAUAUGUACUCAUAUGUAUUGUUAUUACAUUUAUUAUCACAUGUUUGAUAAGUAUUUCUCCAAUAAACAAUGAUGAGACUAAAUACAAUAUUGGUCCAUUGGCAAGAGAUAGGAGUGUUGUGAAAUCAUCACAUAUUUUGAGAAAUAGAAAAAAAUCAAAACAUCAAUUAGCCAUACUUGUGCCAUUUAGAGAUCGAUUUGAUGAGCUGUUAAAAUUUGCUCCUCAUAUGAAGAAAUUUUUAGAUAAACAAAAUUUAGAUUAUCAUAUAUUUAUUUUGAAUCAGGUAGACAAAUAUAGAUUUAAUCGAGCGUCUUUGAUAAAUGUAGGAUUUUUAGAAGUAAAAAAUAAUUACGAUUAUAUAGCAAUGCAUGACGUUGACUUAUUGCCAAUGAAUGAUGAAUUAAUAUACAUUUUCCCUGAAACGGGACCUUUUCACGUUUCAUCGCCAAAACUUCAUCCGCGUUAUCAUUAUGAUACAUUUGUUGGAGGAAUAUUACUCGUUAGAAGAGAACAUUUUAUAAAAGUUGACGGAAUGUCAAAUAAAUACUGGGGCUGGGGAUUGGAGGAUGAUGAAUUUUACAUAAGACUGAAAGAAGCGGGACUUAAUAUUACUCAUCCGCAAAAAAUAUCAACAACUUCUCGUAAUACAUUUAUACACUUGCACGAUAGAAAUCGUCGUAAAAGAGAUAUGACCAAAUGCUACAAUCAACGUGAAGUGACGAGAAAAAGAGAUCGUCAAACAGGAUUGCAUGAUGUUUCUUUUAAAUUAGAAGAAGUCAUUGAAAUGACUAUAGGAAAUAGUUCAGUGACAGUUUUGAAUAUUGCAUUAAUAUGUGAUAAAUUCAUUACUCCAUGGUGUGAAUGCAAUAAAGUUGAAGAUCCACUUAAUGUUAAGACAAAAGAAAAGAAAAAAGAAAGCAAUAAUAAAACCGUCACGUAACUUUUUGAAA